UCUUGUUGUUGAUCAGUUCUGCAGUGCUCUGGUGCUUUCACACAAGACUUGAGGAUUUUGUUUUCUGUUUGUAUCGCCUUGAACAAGCAAAAACGAAGAAAACAAUGUUGCCCAGUUCCAACGCAAUGAACGCAAUGUCAACUAUCGCCAUCGGUUUUAUUCUGAUUGCAACGAAUCUCCAACCGAGCUUCAGUCAGCACCAUUCACAGGGUCGUGAUCUGAUUGAAAUACAUAGAAGACACAAACGCGAAAUUGCUUGCAUUAACAACAAAACCACCGUAACAGAAGCUUUGACCAUUGAGUUGACCCUGCCGGCGCUAUAUACAGCUAUAGAACUUGAUGCCUGCUUGAGCAACUCGCUGCUGGAAAGAAACCUUACUCAACUGGGACUUAUAGCUUUUGGCCAAGAUCAACUGCUAGUUUUAAUGAUGAAACUCAGCCAGAUUUACCCCAAUGGAGUACCGGAGGAGGUGAUACGUAAACUGGGAUUCAUUAUCACUGUAUAUGGACCUGAGGAAAUUACCACCUGGAACAUAACUAUGCCAACUACCCUUAUACUUGUGCUGAGAAACAGCCCAAAUAUGAACACGACAGGAACAGUUCUUCAGAAUUACCUGGGGCGAUCUGGACCUCUGACUGCAGCUGUGUUGUCUGAGAUUAAUGGUCCAGUUUUGUGUAGUCUGAGUGAAGCGAAUCUGCGAACCAUUGUUCCUGAGGAACUGAGGAAAGCCAGCCCAUUAAACAUCUCCACAUGCACUCAGCCCAAGAAGAACAUCAUCUAUGGUAUUGCAGCAACUGCAUUCCAAAAUGAAACUGCUGUUCCCAGUGUCUACUUUCCCCUCAUCGAGCCUUAUCUACCCGGUGCACCGCUAUCCGCUUUACAGAGUUUAUCCACUCAAAAUAUCAACAUGAAUUAUACAACCUUUAGGAAUCUCAAUCCAGAUGUUGUGGAAAAACUGACUGCUGCGGAGCUUCGUGGUCUACUUGGAAUAAAUCUAAUGGCUCUUAAGAACAAUGAAAAUGACUUAAUCGUGCAGCGCUGGGUUAGGACACAUAGCCCGUUUGAAGUGAACAGUCUGGGGGUUAAUCUGGUGGGAGGACUGAAGCCUUUUGGACUUGGAAACAUUAACAUCGACAUGCCGCCUUCAUCUGCUUCAAUGAACUGUUAUAGCAUCCUACUCUCCGCAAUAAUAACCGCGAUGGGCGUCACGUUGCCGUCCAUUUUAUAAACUGGCAUUCAGUGCUGAAAACUGGAAAGAAUCCAGGCUCCCUCCCAGAUUUUAAUGAAGGUUUAACAAUUGCAAAAUGUACAGUGAGUUUUAUACCUAUAGCAAUCCAUUGCGGACCAGCCCGACUCCAACUUUUGAGACAAAGCUUUGCAUGUGAAGCAGAUGAUAACGAAUCAGGAUUGACAUUAAACACAAUUUUUUCAUGAGGUAAAUAAUAA